GUAACUCGUCGUCUUACCUCCUCCCCUUACAUGAAGUCUAUCCCCUUAUACAUUUUGGCAGCCCUUGGAGCCCGAUGGCUCUACUUUGCGGUGAAGAAGUAUCUGAGGGAUAGGAACUCCAUUGAUUGGCGAAAGAGCGCCAUCAACGAAUACACACAAAUCCAAGCCUGUAUACUGACAACAGAACAUCUUGCAGAACUUGGCAGAAUUGAAAAACGCACGGUAUUUUGUAAAGACAUCAAAGAUUUCUUCGGCCACGACACGUACGUUAUCAACAAGGUGUUGGAGGCCGCGAAGAAAGCCACGCCUGAGGAUCCGAUACUGACGAAAUUCUUAAGCAGUGAUGACAAGUGGCAUGUUCUAUCCACUUGCACGAACCACCUUUCGGCCCUGUUUGCCCCCUAUCACAUCUUUUUCAAUGAGGCUCGGAGGUGCGAUUCCUACUAUAGAAGUGCAUGGUACGCAUUCACCCUUACCUGUGGGGGCUCCACUGGAGAGGGAAGGUUCUUCGUCACACCAUAUAAACCCGUGAGCAGAGUAGAUGAUGUUGGCAGCUUGAGAAUUAGGAUUAUACUAGUCAAUGAAGAGGAACUAAGAGAAAUAUGUACUGGUCAGAUAUGUCCUCCUACGUGGGGAUUUUUCAACACACGGCAUGAGUGUCGGUGGAAUCUUUUAAAGAGGUUUUCCGAACUGUUCGAACGGCAGUUGAUGAACGUAUCGGGCGACCCAACGUUGAGGGACUGGGGCGCCAACUUGUGUGGCAGAUUGAGCCCACUUACCAAGAAGAAAAAAGGCCGUGAGAGUAACAGUAAACCGGCAGCAGCAACUCCGAAUUUGCAGUAUAAGAACGCGCGGCAACGGGCCGUACCAGAGAAAUAUGAACCUGAGGACAACUGUUUUCUCCGACUGCAUAUUCCCUAUCCUACUGCGUAUCGUAACAGUGAUGAUCAUGACAGUCCUAAUGGCAGGACUAUUAGGAAGGAUAGCAGUUUGGGGAAAAGCAAAGAUGUGGUCCUGUUCGAAUGAUCUAGAGGAGCGUUCUCUGCAUGGUGGCAAUGAUGCAGAACGCUGUAGCAAACGAAUCUCAGGAGCGUGCCGCAGGAUACGACGCGUAUCUGUGUGUUGUACAUUUAGUAACGACUU